GAUAUUUUAUAAAUUAAAAUUUUAAGAAACAAUGAAACUAGCAAUUCUAGCAGUUAUGAUUAUAGCUAUCAGCUGUGCCUUAGCUCUUAGGCCAACUCCAGCUAAAGGAAAGGAUCUCGAAAACUACUUGAAAGGAGCUAAAGAUGGAACCUUCAUUGUGUUAUUCUACGACAGAGAGGCUCCACAAUUGAGAACUGAAGGCUUUAGAAAUCAAAUAAACUCUAAAAUUUUGAGUCAAAAUCCAGCUUUUAAUUACUUUGAAGUAGAUAUUCAAGAAGGUGAAUAUAAUAAUAUUGUUGACAAAAUGAUGAAGAUCGAUAGAACUCAAUGCAAGCAUUCUCCAACAAUCUUGGUCGCCAGUGAAGGAAGAGGUUAUUGGGCUCAUGGAGAUGGAGCAGUGGAUGAUAUUGCCUAUCAUAUGAAUCAAUACUCAAUCGACAUGAUCAGAGAGUCUAGGGAAAGAACUGACUUCAGUAUUUAUAGAUAACUCAGAUGAAUACAACUAAGGGUGGUUCAGGAGUAUUCUAAUUUGAAUUCAAAACGAAAUUCAUAAGCCAAAUUAAUUCAAUUCAU